UUAUAACUCCUGAAACUAAACUCCGUUUACCCUCCGUCAAGUCCACCCGAAUAUUCCUCCCCCAAUAUUCCAACUACCAGUUUCUCUCUCUAUAAAUGUACCCCACACCCGCGCACCCACCGUACGUACUGAAUUAACCUUUUAGAGAGAGAAAAAGAAAAGAAACAACAAACAAGAGAGAGAAAGUAAUGAGUCGUGCGCUAGAGAGAGAGUACAGAGUGGGAGAGGAGAUUGGGAGGGGCAAGUACGGCGUCGUAUCAACCUGUCACUCCUCCGUCACCGGUCAGUGCUUCGCCGUGAAAUCCAUCGACAAGCGUGUCAUACAAAACGACGCCGUCGACAGCCAGUGCAUCAGCAAUGAAGCCAAGCUCAUGCAGCUCGUCUCCGGCCACCCCAAUGUACUGUCGAUCUUCGAUGUUUACGAGGACGACGAUUUUCUUCACUUUGUUUUGGAAUUUUGUGGCUCCGGCGAUCUCUUCGAACGGAUCACCGCCCGACCUGUUUUCGGUGAAUCCGAGGCUCGCCGAAUUAUGGUUCCGUUAAUGGAGGCGAUAGCUCACUGCCACCGCCUCGGAGUAGCCCACAGAGACGUAAAACCAGACAACAUCCUCUUCAACAGUUACAACCAGCUGAAACUCGUUGACUUCGGUUCGGCCGAGUGCUUCGGUAACGGAGGACUUAUGUCUGGUAUUGUGGGUACGCCUUACUAUAUUGCCCCUGAGGUGGUAUCCGGUAGGCCGUACGAUGAAAAAGUUGACGUGUGGAGUGCAGGUGUCAUUCUGUACAUAAUGCUGGCCGGAAUCCCGCCUUUUUACGGGGAGUCGGCUAAGGAGAUUUUCGAGGCUGUGCUGAGGGCAAAUCUGAGAUUUCCUAGGAGCAUCUUUGCCUCGGUUUCUUCCGAAGCUAAGGAUCUGCUGAGACGCAUGCUUUCCAAGGAUGUUUCUAGAAGGUUUUCGGCCGAUCAAGUCCUGAGUAUAAUGGCGAAUUCUGAAGGUGCAGAUAAUACGGACAUGGCCAUGGGAAAGUUGAAGAAUGACGAUUGGGAAAGUUGGCAUCCAUGGAUGACGAGCGGAUGAGGAUCGAGAGAAAUGGAUAUUCUGGUUGAGAAGAAGCUACGAGGUUUACGAGACGAGUAGAAAAACCGUAUAGGCGGACGCCCCUUGUUCAUAUACUUACCUACAUAUAUAAUAAUAAUAUAAUAUAACUAGUAGAAUCAAGAGUACUCUGCCACAAAGGUUUUUGUACAAACUUUGUGGAGGGAAGCAAGAGCUCAAGAAAUGGCAAGAACCUUCCAGGCUUAUAUAUAUGGAAGUGUUCAUAUAAUCUCACCUGCCAUUUUUGCCCCUUGUUUUUUUUUUCUUUUUUCGAAUCGAUGAGUAUGGAGAGAGGGACUUUUUUGUAAAUUCGCUUCUGUUCGAACAUGUAAUGUAGUUUCUUUUAGUAUAUGUUUGCUCUUUGAGUAAGAUCUUGGUCUUCUAUGCUUGCUCUAAUGUUACAUAUCA